AUGGAUUUCAACAUACAAAAUGUUUCCGAACAAGUCUGCGUCCAACCUGACCUUCGACCUUUUCAUCCUUCUGUUGUAGGUUUCUUCUAUCAAGUGCCAGACUUGGUAUGUGACAGCAGACAAAAUUGGAUAGCUGUGGAAAAUGGAACAUUUUGGAUAACACGUGAGGCUCGCAAACUACAUGGGGACAUCAAAUGUCAGUUUGCUGCAGUGAUGCGCAAACCUGGAAACGAUAACAUAACGGUGACUGGCAGGAGAGAGCCAAUGACCAAAGAAGUCAUGCAGGCUCCUUCCGAUUUCUUUAAAAUAUCCUGUUUAUCUCCUAACAAAACCAGAUAUGUGAACAUCCAUGCAACAAUUACACGUAAUUCAACAGCUCCUAAGAGAAAUGUAAAGGACACAAAGUCAAUGGAACUAAAUGUUUUGAUGUUGGGAUUUGAUAGUGUCUCUAGAAUGACUUGGUUAAGAAAACUGCCCAAAAGUCGAAAUUAUUUUCGAAAUAUUCUUGGUGGUGUCGAGUUGGAAGGUUACAACAUAGUCGGAGACGGCACUCCCCAGGCCUUACUGCCGUUACUGACAGGUAAAACAGAAUCGGAACUUCCCGAAUCUCGCCGAGGACAUCCGAACGCUUCAAUGGUAGAUGGACAUCCAUGGAUAUGGAAAGAUUUUGAAACUGCUGGAUACGUUACCCAUUGGGCAGAAGACAUGGCACACAUAGGCACAUUCAAUCUCCGUAUGAUGGGCUUUAAACAUCAGCCUGUACACCAUUACAUGCGCCCAUUUUAUUUGGUAGCUGAGAAAUUGUACCCCCAUAACAAGCCGUACUGUCUCGGAUCUCUGCCGAGGCAUAAAAUCAUGCUUGAUUGGGUAAGAGACAGUUUUAUGCAAUAUGAACACAAACUCAAGUUUAUAUUCGGGUUCCAUUCCGAAUACAGUCAUGCAAGUCCGAACAACUUACAAUGGGCAGAUGUCGACUUACUAGCUUUGCUGAAGUUUCUGAAUGACAAGGCGUAUUUAAAUAAUACAAUUUUAAUCCUUAUGAGUGACCAUGGCUCCAGAUUCGCGGAUAUACGCGAGACAUUUCAAGGUAAAUUAGAAGAGCGACUUCCUUAUUUUGCUUUGCGAUUUCCGCCGUGGUUUAAAGCGAAAUAUCCGGAUAUUCAUGAAAAUUUUCUGUCAAAUUCGAAAAAGUUAACUACUCCUUUCGAUAUACAUGAAACGUUUCAUGAUAUUCUUGAUCUCAAGAGAACUGAACAAAACAAUUUAGGUCAAACAUCAAGAGGGAUUAGUUUAUUUAGACCAAUGCCACUAGAUAGAACCUGUUCAGUAGCUGGUAUUGAGCCACAUUGGUGUGCAUGUCUUAAAUGGACAGAAGUAUCUGUUGACUUUCCAAAAAUCAUAAUUGCUGUUUCAAAAGUGAUAGAGUUCAUAAAUAAGCACACAAGUAAUUUCAGACCUAAUUGUAGCGAACUUUACCUUUACAAGAUUAAAAAUGCCUUUAAGUUUGGCAUAGACAACGAUGUACUCAAGUACAAAGGGAGUGUAGACAAAGACGGUCGUUUUCCCCAAUUUGGUGAUUUCAAACAAGAUGUUAAUGAAAUAUACCAGGUGACAUUUGUCACCAUUCCUGGAAAUGGAACAUUUGAAGCUAGUGUAAAUCACACAUCGAGUGGUGAAUUCGUGGUGAAUGGACGGCAGAUAAGCCGUAUCAAUAAAUAUGGACACAAUGCGGAUUGUAUUGUGGAAUCGGCGCCGCAUCUUCGGCCUUAUUGCUACUGUCAUUAA